AUGUAUCGUGAGGGGCCCCCUUACCAGAGGCGAGGCUCCCUUCAGCUGUGGCAGUUCCUGGUUACCCUUCUGGAUGACCCGGCCAAUGCCCACUUCAUUGCCUGGACAGGCCGAGGCAUGGAGUUCAAGCUGAUAGAACCAGAGGAGGUUGCUCGGCGCUGGGGUAUCCAGAAGAACCGGCCAGCCAUGAACUACAACAAGCUCAGCCAUUCUCUACGCUAUUACUAUGAGAAGGGCAUCAUGCAGAAGGUGGCCGUGGAGCAAUACGUAUACAAGUUUGUCUGUGACCCGGAUGCCCUUUUCUCCAUGGCCUUCCCUGACAACCAGCGCCCUUUCCUGAAAGCAGAGUCUGAGUGCCACCUCAGCGAGGAGGAUACCCUGCCGCUGACACACUUUGAAGACAACCCCGCUUACCUCCUGGACAUGGAUCGCUGCAGCAGCCUCCCCUAUGCUGAAGGCUUCGUUUACUAA